AUGUAUGCUAAGGAGUCUAUAAAUCUAAUAUUAAUUUGUAGGCUAAACUGUCCUGAGGCAGCCAUGAGGAGUUUACAGUUAGCUUGGCAACAUGCAUCAAGUGAGCAUGAGAGACUUGUGUAUGAGGGGUGGAUCUUGUAUGAUUCAGGUCAUUACGAGGAAGGCCUCCAAAAAGCUGAAGAGUCUAUUACUAUUAAAAGGUCUUUUGAGGCCUUCUUCCUAAAAGCCUAUGCAUUGGCUGACUCUAGUGUAGAUUCAUCAUGUUCUUCCACUGUCAUUUCACUUCUGGAAGAUGCCUUGAGGUGUCCUUCUGAUAAUCUGCGCAAAGGUCAGGCCCUGAACAAUCUUGGAAGUGUUUAUGUUGAUUGCGGAAAACUAGACGCAGCAGAAGAUUGCUAUAUCAAGGCCCUUAAAAUCCAGCACACGCGAGCCCAUCAGGGUCUUGCUCGUGUUCAUUUUCUCAGAAAUGAUAAUAAGGCUGCUGCGUACAAAGAAAUGACCAAUCUUAUUGAGAAGGCAAGAAACAAUGCUUCAGCGUAUGAGAAGAGGUCUGAGUAUGGUGAUCGUGAACUCACAAACGCUGAUCUGGAGAUGGUCACUAGACUAGAUCCACUUCGGGUGUAUCCUUACAGAUAUCGAGCAGCAGUUUUGAUGGACAACCAUAAGGAAGAGGAAGCCAUUGCUGAACUCUCCAGAGCAAUUGCAUUUAAAGCUGAUUUGCACCUCUUGCAUCUACGUGCAGCAUUCCAUGAACACAAGGGAGAUGUUUUAGGAGCGUUAAGAGAUUGUCGUGCUGCACUGUCUGUGGACCCAAAUCAUCAAAAAAUGUUAGAACUUCACUGUCGUGUUAAUAGUCACGAGCCAUGA